CAGGCGUGAAGCUGCGCAGGCGCGGGGUCCGCCCCUGGGACCCUCGGCCCCGGGAGGGGUUGGCCCCACAUUGUCCCCGGCUCGGCCCCCAGAGCAGGCAGGAGAAAAGGAACAUUCCGGAAUAGAAAGCUUCUCCUACCCAGGGAGGUAACAGCUGAGUCACCUGGAUUGAGGAGGAGGCGGAGGAGGAAGUAGUCUGUCUGCAGGAGACACAGCCUGGGACCUGAGGAGAGAGAACAGCAAGGAAAGCACCUGAGAAGAUUGUCCUUUGUCUGUCAUAUCCCCACUUCUGGUAGCGGGUCCUUAGCCCUUGCCCAGUCUCAUCUCUGAUCCUGCUGCUCCCUGUCUCCUGGUCAGCAGCCCCUGCAGAGCCUUGUACAGGAGAUCAGAUUCCAGCUAUCCUGUGGGAGCAGUAACGUCUUCUUCCUCUCAACCUCCAGAAAUGUCUUUCCUCCAGGAUCCAAGUUUCUUCACCAUGGGAAUGUGGUCCAUCGGCGCAGGAGCCCUGGGUGCUGCUGCCUUGGCACUGCUCCUGGCCAACACUGACAUGUUUCUGUCCAAGCCGCAGAGAGCAGCACUGGAGUAUCUGGAGGAUAUAGACCUGAAAACACUGGACAAGGAACCAAGAACUUUCAAAGCAAAAGAGCUGUGGGAAAAGAAUGGAGCUGUGAUCAUGGCUGUGCGGAGGCCAGGCUGUUUCCUCUGUCGAGAGGAGGCUGCAGACUUGUCCUCUCUGAAACCCAAGUUGGAGGAGCUGGGCAUCCCGCUCUAUGCAGUGGUGAAGGAGCAAAUCGGGACUGAAGUGAAGGACUUCCAGCCUUAUUUCAAAGGAGAAAUCUUCCUGGAUGAAAAGAAAAAGUUCUAUGGUCCACAAAGGAGGAAAAUGAUGUUUAUGGGAUUUAUCCGUCUGGGAGUGUGGUUCAACUUCUUCCGCGCCUGGAAUGGAGGCUACUCUGGAAACCUAGAAGGUGAAGGCUUCAUCCUCGGUGGAGUUUUUGUGGUGGGAUCAGGAAAACAGGGCAUUCUUCUUGAGCACCGAGAAAAAGAAUUUGGAGACAAAGUAAACCCACUUUCUGUUCUUGAAGCUGCUAGGAAGAUCAAGUCACAGACUUUGAACUCAGAGAACAAAUGAUUCUGUGAAACUGCCUAAUGCAGGAUAACUUGGAGCACUUACCGUGUCUUUGGGAGGUGUUGUGUUUCUGCUAUGUCCCUCAGGGGUUAGACACCCACUUAUACUGUGUUCUCAGUAUGAAUUAGUAACAUAUUUAAUCAUGUCUUCUAUUUAUGCCCAGUAAGGCAAAAUUGCCCCAAAAGAAGGGUGACAAAAGUCUAAGAAACUGGUAAGGGUUAUUUUAGCUAAAACCUGGAAAAUAUGAAGCUUAAAAUUGACUGCUGCACCUCAUCACAAAUGUUUAUGGUGUUUAUUUCAGAUGGUUUUUAUUUUUAUGUCUUUAAAACUCUAAGGAAAGUUGAUUGGGAAAUUGGAGAAUGUAAGGUUUGUGACUUUUAUGGUUUCUGUUAAUAACUUGUUAUAUAAUGUCAAAGAAUAUUCAUAUAAAGGAACUGAUAAGCUCCAGAUUGGUUUGAUACAGAUAAAUUAUGAAGUGAGAUCUCUUGUUUCACUGUCUUCCAUUCUAACCCCAGAGAUUGUUUUUCUAGAAGAAAUGAUCUCUAGCUCUAAGAAAAUUAUGCAUUAGAAGUGACCUGCAUAUAAAACUAAUAAAAAUAUUUACCAUAA